AUGGACACCGGAAUAUCCUAUUCGGAGGUGUUGAAUGCCGAGAAGGCGCAAGCAAGUGUUGACACAAGUUCAAGAAGCUCGAUCGAAGUGUUGGCCCUAAAGACAAAGAACGCGGCAAUUAUGAACGAAUGGUGGUCUUCAUUUCCCGUGGAAGAUUUGUUCGAGGGUGCACCUCGCACUUUUCACCUAUUUUCAAAGCUUCUGGUGGAACUUCGUGUCAAAAUCUUGAACAUGGCCUUGGACGACAUCCCUAGACGCAUUAUACCCGUUCAGCCGAUUCGGAACUAUGAGAAACCGUCUCCGCCACUCUUUCGGGCCUCAUACCUGACCAGACUGGUUGCAAAAUCUCGUUAUGAUAUCCACAAUGGCGAACAGGGAGGCAAAGCAUUCAAGAUCUAUAUCGACUUCGCCAAGGACUCUCUUCAUAUUAAUUCAAACUUCCGCGUCGGCGGCAAACGCACCCCAUCAGACCUUCAUUCGACGGUAUGGUUCGACUGCCAGUUGCUCAUACGUGUACAGCGCCUGAUAAUGAGCCUCCUGGAAAUGAUGAAGCUAAUCUCUAGCUACCGGUUAAACAAAGCCGGCAGCGUGGGCAUAUACGAUCUCUGGCAUAUGUUGGAAACGGAGUGUCCUAAGUUGACCAACUUAUGGGCUGUCCUCAAUGGACCGCAGCCGAACUGCAAGAACCUAAAAUUGAAGCAGUUCAACCGGAGGGAGAAAAAGUACUGGAAUUCUCCUUCUUCGCCUGCUUUGCAUAUCAUGGACGACUGGGAGGAACUUCGGUGGUCAUUUCUGAUAGCUCAGGACGAGGGGAUGUGUAAGGGGCUUUCACUAGCACUUACGAUCGAUAAAGAGUCGUGGUCCAGGGUUUACGGUUCGGUACCUCAUGUCUCCUGA